AUGGCUGCACUUGACAUCCUGGGGCUCUCUGUCGAAUCUCAGCAAGCAAUCUCCGACUUCCGCAUACCGAACGCCAUCGUUGCGCCCCAGACGCGCAUUGCUUCGGGAGUCAUCCAGCGCAGCAUGCUGCAACCCAUCGAGAGCGGACAGAAGCAUUACUGGGCAGAAGACGUGUGUAUACAUAAGUUGGUCGAGACGUGCAGUGUGGGUUGGUUCUUUGCAAAGCUUGGACCAGCGCACUUUGGUGAGCUGUAUAAGAAUCGGAGCAAGGCAGAUUUGAGAAAGAGUGAAGUUUUUGCAAUCAUUCACAAAAGAAUGACGGACACGGCGGGACAAAGUGCGAAUCCUGCAAAUUGGAUUGCCUUGGGUGCCUUGGAGAAGCUGGUGGCAAAUGUUCUACCCACCCACACACCACCAGCAACAAAACUCUUUGCCUCGCAAACUCGGUUCGCCCCCCACAACCCCAACCCCUACUACAACGACAACAUGGUUCGAAAACGCCUAUUAAAGGACGACGCGACGCGCAUUGACUCUGGUGCUGCAAUGUCGUCUGACCCCGUAGCCCCAAGCGGUGGUUCCAGGAUUGUCGAGAUGCCUGAGGUUUCUGGGGACGGCGCAUCGCCGAAGAUGCCUACGGUUCUUGGGAAUAGCGCAGCGCCGAAGAGGAGCCUGCGCAAGGAUGAUCUGAAGCUUAAGCAGCCAAAGGGCUUUCCGAUUAUCCUCAUGCCUAGUACUUUGGCUCGCGCGCGUAAGGAGGCCGAGAAUGGGACGGAGAAUGUUUUUCAUACUCCAGAGUUCUUCAAGGUGUUUGAGGAUGCGGAACUGGAGGAUGAUUUGAGUGAUGGAGAAGAGGGUGAUGGGGCGAGUGGAGAAGAUGACGUUGAGACUGGAGAGGAAGAGAAGCACGACGCUGGUGAGGAAGAGAGCGCAUUGGAAGAGGGAGACGAGCACGAAGCUGAAGGAGAAGAGGACGACGAGAAAGACGCUGGAGACGAUAACGAUGCUGGAGACGAAGACAACAGCGAAUUCGAAUAUGGAGACGAGAAUGACCACAACGACAAGAACGACUAUUACGAUCAAGCUUCCACCGCAAAGCUCAUCUCUGCGCCUGUCACUAGGAAGCCUUUGGCAAUCGUCGAUCGCCUCGGACGAACUCGUGCGGCUGCUAGAAGACUCCAAGCCGCACUUGAAGGCGAACAGCCCGCUGACGCACAAACCACUCCAAGCGUGUGUGAUGAGGAGGACAAAGCUGCAGGCACCAACAAGCGCAAGCGAGGCGUAACGCAGGCAUCCAAAGAGCCCAGGAAGACGCAAAUACGCGAGGUACAGAACUCGACCGAUGAAAAGGGGAGACGCGUGGAUGUCUCUGUAUGA